UCUCAGGUAAGAAAUGAUACCCAAACUGACUGAAAAGCCGAGUAAAAGUGAAAUAAAGUUGGAUAGCUACAGUACAUCGAAGAGAGAGGAGCAGCGCUGUAUGCAAAAAGCGCAUUGCGCUUUGUUUCUUACGGAAAUGUCGUUUUCUUAAGCGACGAACUUUGCUUAUUGAAAGGGGACAGGGAGAAGUCGAGUGAAUCCAGCCUCUUGUACGCUAUAUGCCUUCUAACACCACGAAUAAUUUUGUAAAAUGGCCGUUCGCAGCAACACCCUAACUCCCUUUUCCAUCCAGGCAAUUUUGAAUAAAAAAGACGACAACCGGCAUCCUAGAGACAUGGGACUACAAUGCUUUCCUAAAUCAACGUGUUGGAAAAUGUUUGGGGAAGGGGAUGGCGUACCUGAUGAUUUUACAAACACGUGUAAAAUGGAAAGGGAAGCCGACGACCAGAGAAGUUACGACUCUGAUUCGAGCCUUGGCGAAGACAGGGAUUCCAAGGAACUUGCCGGGUGUAAAUCCGAGGCAGAAAGCAGGGACCUGUGCACGUCGGAGCUGCUAGAGAAUAGUCUGCAAGGAGACACCGAUCUGGAUUCGGCAGCAGCGGAAAGUGGACAGACCUUGAGCGACAGCGACCUAUCGGCAACAGUCUCCGAUCCUAAUCAGGCUGAGGACGGAACCUGCGACAAAAACACCGACCAGCCAAAGCAGAGAAAGAAGAGAUCGAGGGCCGCCUUCUCUCAUGCUCAGGUUUUUGAAUUGGAACGUCGGUUUAACCAUCAGAGGUAUCUGUCUGGACCCGAAAGGGCUGAUUUGGCAGCCUCCUUAAAACUGACGGAAACACAGGUCAAAAUCUGGUUCCAGAACCGUAGGUAUAAAACCAAACGUCGGCAGAUGGCAGCCGACUUGCUGGCUUCUGCUCCUACAGCGAAGAAAGUGGCGGUGAAGGUUUUGGUAAGGGAUGACCAGAGACAGUACGGCCCUGGAGAAAUUCUGAGACCCCCACUGCUACCCCUCCAACCCCAAUACUACUAUCCUUAUGCUUACUGCCUCCCUGCCUGGACAUUGUCGGCAUGCGCUGGCAACCAAUGAAGACAAAAACUGAAGUUGAGCACUAUUUAUUUUGUUCAGAUUGAAAUUCGUUACUUUACCACGUUUUCUUAAAAAAAAGCGAAGAAGAAGAAGAAGGAGGAAAGAAAAAAAAAAACUGCCCAGCGCAGACUGUUUCAUGGCAUCCAUGUGUUGACAGUUUACUGUUUUAUGGACUUUUAGUGGAAAUACUUCAGACUAUCUCUUGCAUCAUUAUCGUACAAAGGGAAUACAGGAGUUGGACUACAUCCCGUUUUAAGAAUAUCGUAUUUCAAACUGAGAACACUGCCUAAAUUUGUAGGCUUAAUGUUACAUAUUUCUUUUGUCGACUUUAUCUCAAGUUCGUGCCUGUUAAAUGUACCAGUAACAUAAAGGAGAACGAGGUCAGAUACUGUAGGAAAUGAUUCGUAUACUGAGAGAUGUUCCUGCUUUAUUUAAUGUGAUAUAGGGUAAGACCUUUCAGCACUUUUCCCCAUAAGGACGGCUUCUUCACUAUAAUUAAGUUAAAUUAUCCUUUAGAAAACAAAAACAUUUGCUGUCAUACUUUUGGAAGAGCAAAUAAGUAGGAUACAGUUUCCAAAUAUGUGCAGCUUGCCCUGGUGUAUAUAAAAAGAUAAUUGAGAAUAAUCAGCAUGUACAUAAAUAAUCCAACAAAUGUUCUAAAAUGUACAUUCUAGCACAUUUGUAUCACAAUUUUAACUUUUAAAAAUAAACUUUUUUUAUCAUCUCUUCUUUUAA